AUGGGCCUCCACGAGCAUGCCCACCAUGGACGCGUCUUCCGCGGUUUGGACGCGAGGAAGCAUCUGGAGAUGCAGAAGCGUAACAGCUUCACCACUGGCGACAAUAUCAAGCUUAACAUCCCGGAUUCAAUGAAGGUUGCCGACAACGAACCAGUCGCCACGCUUACCCAGGUCGUCUACGAAACCGUGUCUGCCGACUUUACUGGACCGAUUGCAGGUUACACCACUCUCUCGGCUGCCGAGACUACCGCUACUAUUGCUCUGCAAUCUGAGGCUACUACCACUGCCGCAGCUGUCACGACCUCGUCCGUGAGCCUGAGCCCGGAUGAGUCUGCAUACCUCGCUGCCAAGUCAUCCGCAGCUCUCACGAUGUCGUCUGUGGACCUGAGCGCCGAUGAGUCGUCCUACUUGGCUGCCAAGUCCUCCGCCGCCAACACCGGAUCUGCCGCCUCAACCACCACCGUCCACGUUACCUCUAUAGCUGAGAUUAUUUACCCAAGCAGCACUUUGGUGCUUAGUGCCACCAGCGCGAGCGUCACUGCAAGCAUCGCAUCCACCACCAGCGCUGUCGAUGGCACCAACAACAAGUCAAUGUUCCUCAACCCUGGAAGCACCGCCGCUGCCACUGCCGCGGUAGGUACUCCUCUUUCCCAGAGUGGUGUCGUCUCUGAGAAGAGCACCGGCAUGACCAGCGGUGCCAAGGCUGGCCUCGCAAUCGGCGUUCUUCUCGCUCUUGCGCUCGCUGGUGGUCUGUUGCUUUUCUGCUGGCGUCGCCGCAAGAACCCGAAUGCGCACCAAGAGCUCUUCGAUGAGAAGCACGGUAGCACUGGCCGCUCUUUCUUCGGUGGCAAGAAACUCGCUGAGAAGCGCGUGUCCACCGCUAGCGAAGACUCUGCUCGCGCCGCUACUACUGCUCCACGUCUCAGUCUCCGUCCAGUCACCCAGUUCCUGCCCAGCCUUCUCAGCUCUGACAGCCGCAAGCCUGCCGCCCAGAACCUUGAUGUGCCUGACAUGUCCGAGAAGCCGAAGAGCAUGUGGGAGCGUCGCUCGCAGAACGAGGAGAACCCGUUCGGUGAUGCCAACCAAAUCUCUGAGAAGCAAGUCGAACGUCCCGUCUCCCCACCGACUAACCCAUUUGAGGAGCCCGAAGUAGCGUCACCACCAAAGGACGCCGCGGUCGCCGCCGCACCACCUCCAUCUCCAACUCCCCGUGGUCCUAACAACGUUCACCGCGUGCAGCUCGACUUCAAGCCAAGCAUGGAUGACGAGCUCGAGCUGAAGUCCGGUCAACUCGUCCGCAUGCUGCACGAGUAUGAUGAUGGUUGGGCUCUCUGCAUCCGCAUGGACCGCUCGCAGCAAGGUGUCGUCCCACGCACCUGCCUUUCUAAGGUCCCAGUCAAGCCUCGCCCACAAGGCCCGUCCGCAGCUCAAUCUGGCUCGCCAACACCCAACGCCAGCGCCAUCGAGCGACCGCAGAGCCCUGCCAUCGUGCGCAAGCCCGUGCCGGGCCAAGCGUAA